AUGGAACCUGAAUUUUCUAUGCCAUCGAACUCAAACAUGGCAGAAUCAACACAGAAUUUGGAACGAUUAUCACUUGAAAAUGAGAUUACAUUGAUUGAUCAAGCCAUAUUGAAUUACCAAGAAAGUAAGGAGGCUACAAGUACUACUAUAGACUUGAAUGAUGAUUUUGAUGGUGAAAAUAAUGAAGUUGGAGUUAGUGAAGAAGAGUCAGAAGAAGCCACAAGACUUAGAGAAAAUGCUGAUGUAAUUCAUUCUAGAAUGAGUGAAGAAUUGAUUCCUGUGGUUGGUAUGGAGUUUGAUACAGAAAAAGAUGCACUUGCUUUUUACAAUCGAUAUCCAUACAGAUUUGGUUUUGGUACUAGGUUAAGUAAAGCACAUACAUCCUCCAGUGGGUUAUUGAGGGAUAGGCUUUUUGUUUGCUCGGCCGAAGGUAAACGUAGAGAAGACAAGAGAAGCCUAUAUGUCAAAUUUCAUCGUGCUGAGACAAGAUUUGGUUGUGGAGCAAGAAUGAAAAUUAAAUAUGAUCUAUCUUCUGGAAAGUACACUGUUAUGGAAUUUGUUGCUGAUCAUACUCAUGUGACUUCAACUCCUAGUAAGAGCCAUCGCUUUCGGUCUCAUAGGAAAAUCUCUCUUCCUCAAAAUGUUCAAGUUGAUAUGGAUGAUGAUUCAGGACUUGCUCCAAAAGAAACUCUCGAGCUAUUGAGUCGACAAGCUGGAGGGCGUGAGCAUCUAGGAUUUAUUGCAGAAGAUUUAAGGAACUAUUUACGUUCAAAGCUGACUAGAGAGAUGAUGUCGGGGGAUACCAGUGGUGUAUUGGAAUAUUUACAAAAGAUGCAAUACAAUGAUCCUAGUUUUUCCUAUGCUAUACAAGUUGAUGCGGAAGAUUUGAUAACCAAUAUUUUCUGGGUUGAUGCAAAGAUGAAGAUAGACUAUGAUUAUUUUGGUGAUGUAGUAUGUUUUGACACUACCUAUAGGAAAAACAAAGAAGGAAGGCCAUUUGCGAUGUUUGUUGGAGUCAAUAAUCAUAAAGAAACACUUAUAUUUGGUGCCGCAUUGUUAUAUGAUGAGACCGAUGACACUUUUAAGUGGUUGUUUGACACCUUUGCGAAUACAAUGUAUGAGAAGACACCAAAGAGCAUAUUGACAUACCAAGAUGCUGCAAUGGCUAAAGCCUUAGCUUCUCAAUGGCCAAAAACACAUCAUCGACUAUGCAUUUGGCACAUAUAUCAAAAUACGGCAAAGCAUCUUAAGAGUGUCUUUGAGAAGUUUAAUGAUUUUGCUAAAGACUUUAGUAGUAUCAUAUAUGACUAUGAAGAUGUUGAAGACUUCUUAAUUGCUUGGGAGAAGAUGCUUGAAAAAUACAAUCUCCAAGAAAAUAAAUGGUUAGACCGAUUAUUUGAUUUGAAGGAGAAAUGGGCUUUAGUUUAUGGUCGACAAACAUUUUGUGCAGAUAUUACCACCACCCAACGUAGCGAAAGCAUGAAUAAUGCUAUAAAGAGGUAUGUGAGUUACAAGUAUGAUUUGUUGCGUUUUUUCCGUCACUUUCAAAGAUUGGUUGACGAUUGUCGUUAUAAUGAGUCGGUUGCUGAUUUCAAGGCAAGUCAGACCUCCCCUUCAUUGUCAUUCCCUGUGAAAAUGUUGAGGAAUGCAGCAAAAGUGUACACACCAGCAGUGUUUAAAUGGUUCCAAGUUGAGUUAUGUAAAGCUCAUGAUUGCACCUUAAAGUUAUUUUGUGAGAUUGAACCGAUGCACAUAUAUGAAGUUACUGCUCAUGGAAAGCAUUUCCACCAUAUUGUAACAUAUGACUCGGCCGAAAAUACUAUCUCAUGCAGUUGUAAGAAGUUUGAGUUUGCUGGAAUCUUGUGCUCACAUGCUUUAAAGGUUUUGUCAUCUAAUAAUGUGAAGACCAUUCCUGACCAAUACAUCUUGAAUAGAUGGAGAAAAGAUAUCAGAGAUCAAAUACCAAAGGUGUCUUGUUCAAAAGCAGAUUAUGAUGAUGAUGAUGAUGAAAAAGCAAAAAUAGCAAGGCGUUAUAGAGACUUGGCUCACUUGCAUAUUGAACUUGUAACAAUUGCUACUGAAUCUGAUGAAGCUUAUGAGAUUGCUACAGUGGCUUUUCACAAAACAUUAGCUGAUGUUAAAGAGACUCUGAAGAAGAAGAAGAACAAUAAAGAAGCACCUCAAGUUACCUCACCUGUCAACAAUUGUGCACCUGAGGUUAUUACUGAUGAUUGUGAUGAGCAUAGAGUCAGAGGAAUUAAAGUUAAAGAAAGAAUUGUUCGUAAGGAGGAUUCCAUCAGACCAAAGAAUGCUUUGGAAAAGCUCCUAGGAAAUAAAAGGCCUAGAAAAGAUGUAGAUACUUCAUCUAGACACCAGAAGGAACCAGAAUUAGAUCAUUCAACUGUGACCUCCACAUUUGUCCCUGCUACACAAGAUCAAGGCCACACGACACAGGAAAUGCAAUUGCCAACACAUCCUUCAGUUGUUGAUUCCAUAAGUGUUCCUACCUCACAAGAUAAAAUGACUGAACAAGAGGUCAUUGUUACAAAAUCUGGUAUGAACAAUAGAGUUUUACCUAAACCACCACACUUACUUCAGAUUCCUUUAUCUACUAUGCAUGCUAGACAUGGAAUUGACUCAUAG